GAGCGUUAAUAUUUUAACCCGCUUCUGGAGUGUUCCGCCGGAAGCGGGCGGCGUAUGGGGUGAGGAUUUGCUCGCAGCCCGUCUCCCUUCCUUUCUCUCUCUUCCAUUUUCUCUCUCUACACCUUUUCUCUGUGUAGAGCUUUCGUUUCGAAAACAGCACGGAAGCGAGCUGCCGUGUACGAGGAUGCAAAGAUGUAGGCUUUUAGGUUUGGGUUUGUUAUCUAAUUCGUCGACAUUACCAUUUUUCCGGCAGAAACCAGGCGCUGAACUUCACGGCAUAUGUUGAUUGAGAUUUGAGAAGUAAGGAAGUGGUCUCUAAAGUUUUUUUCCGGCUAAAAUGGCACCCCGAGGAGAGAAAGACAGUGAUUUUUAUGCAAUUUUAGGGUUGAAGAAGGAGUGCUCUGCUUCAGAUCUCAGAAAUGCGUACAAAAGGCUCGCACUUAGUAUAUGGAUUGCGCAGCGGUGGCAUCCAGAUAGGUGCUCUGCCUCAGGGAACACAAAGUUUGUGGAGGAAUGCAAGAAAAAGUUCCAGGCCAUUCAGCAGGCUUAUUCCGUGCUCUCGGAUGCAAAUAAGAGGUUUUUGUACGAUGUUGGAGCAUAUGGAAGUGACGAUGACGAUCAGGGAAUGGGUGAAUUUCUUGGGGAGAUGGCGGUAAUGAUGAGCCAGACAAAGCCCAGUGAAAAAGGGCCGGAGAGCUUUGAGGAUCUACAGAACUUGUUUCAGGAGAUGUUCGAAAGGGAUCUGGACAUGUUUAAGUCAUCGACCUCCCACAACAACAACAAUGAUAACAACAAUAAUAAUCAUAGGAGUAGUGACAAUAAUAAUUGUAGUAGUGUUCAUUGUUUUAGUAACACCAACAAGAGGAAUUGCUCGGAUAUGAAUGCCGGAGAAGCCUCGGAGGUCGGGCGCUUUGCUUUCUCAUGCUAUGCGACAGAGUUCCUGCACAAGCAAACUUUCUCCGUCGGGGCGGAUGAUGUGCGAUCGGAGUCGAGCAACAAGAGACGAAACGGGAGGAAACAGAAAUCCACCUCCUCUUCAAGGAAAAGUUGAAGCUCUGAAGAUAAUUGUUGAGAGAGAGAAUGGCAUGCCUUGGACACCAGGGAAAAGAGAGAGAGAGAGAGAGACAAGCGCGGGUUGGACAGCUUUUUUCGUCCUUGGGCGUCAGAAAUUAAUUUAAUGCUUAUUUUAUUGUGGAGAGAUGAAAAAGGAGGCCUACUGAUUUGAAGGACUGUCAAAAGAGAAAAGAUCCAAGCUAGGGCCGUUCCUGUAUUCGUCAUCAGCCUCCUUAUCAGAACGUUACCAAUUUCCCAGGAAUCCGUGAUUGGACACUGUCUAUUAUUGUAUUUCUUUGUUUAAUAAUUUAAUUGUACGGACUCGUGUCAUCUCCGCUUAGCGACUGGACAUUUAUGAGCAGAAAAGGCCGUUGCUUUC